AUGGCCGGGCACUGCAGGGGGAUGGCAGCCAGGCUCUGGGCAAGGCUCAGCAUGGGCUGCCGUUCCUCCUGGCUGCAGGGCUGCCGUCUGUCCCUGAGGCUGCCUGGAGCACGACAGGCCCAUGCCCAGGCUGCGGAGCGGCUGCAGCGGGAGUAUGACGCGGUGGUGAUCGGGGCAGGGCACAACGGACUGGUGGCAGCUGCCUACCUGCAGCAGGCAGGGCUGCGCACAGCCGUGCUGGAGAGACGCCACGUGCUGGGUGGUGCGGCCGUCACGGAGGAGAUCGUGCCAGGCUUCAAGUUCUCCCGGGCAUCGUACCUGCUCAGCCUGCUGCGCCCGCAGAUCUACACCGAGCUGGAGCUGCAGCGGCAUGGUCUGAGGGUGCUCCCACGGGACCCCUACUCCUUCACUCCACUGCUGGAGGACAAGAGCCCCCCACGCUCUCUCCUCUUGGGGCAUGACAUGGCCCAGACCCAGCGGCAGAUUGCCCAGUUCUCCCAGAAGGAUGCCCAGGCUUACCCUGAGUACGAGAUGUUCAUGGGGGUCUUGGUGUCAGCUCUCGACCCACUGCUGGAUGCCCCCCCUGUAGAUACUGCUGCCCUGGGGCACAGCUCCCCGCUCCAGUGGCUCAGGGCCCUGCGAACCCUGUGGCCCCUGCUGCAGGCAGGACUGGCACUGGGGCGGGACCUGCCCCGCUACUAUGAGGUGCUCACAGCCCCCAUCUCUAAGAUCCUGGAUCAGUGGUUUGAAUCGGAGCCCCUGAAGGCGACUCUGGCUACUGACGCAGUGAUUGGAGCCAUGGCCAGCCCCCACACCCCUGGCAGCGGGUAUGUGCUGCUUCACCAUGUGAUGGGCCAGCUGGAGGGUCGGCGGGGGGCCUGGGGCUACGUGGCUGGUGGGAUGGGGGCCCUGUCCCAAGCCAUUGCCAGCGCAGCAGCUGCCCGGGGAGCCCACAUCUUUGCUGAGAAGGCCGUGUGCCACGUGCUGCUGGGCAGGGAUGGGCGGGCGCAGGGCGUCGCACUGCAGGACGGGACGGAGGUGAGGAGCAAACUGGUGCUGUCCAAUGCCUCCCCCCAAAUCACCUUCCUGGAGCUCUUGCCCCAGGAGCAGCUGCCGAAGGAUUUUGUCCAGCAGAUCCGGCAGGUUGACACCCGCUCCCCUGUCACCAAGAUCAAUGUGGCAGUGGAUCGGCUGCCCAGCUUCCUGGCUGCCCCCAACGCCCGUGACGGCCAGCCCCUGCCCCAGCACCAGUGCUCCAUCCACCUCAACUGCGAGGGCACCCACCUCCUGCACCAGGCCUUCACCGAGGCUGCCCACGGGCACCCCUCAAGCAGGCCCAUGAUUGAACUCUGCAUCCCCUCGGUGCUGGACCCAGGGCUGGCCCCACGGGGCUGCCACGUUGUGUCCCUCUUUACCCAGUACACCCCGUCCGUGCUGGCAGUGGGGCGGCCCUGGGAUGAGCAGGCCAGGGAUGCCUACGCGGACACAGUGUUUGACUGUAUCGAAGCCUAUGCGCCGGGGUUCAAGGCAUCCGUGGUCGGACGGGACAUCCUGACACCACCAGAUCUGGAAAGGAUUUUUGGGCUGCCUGGCGGGAACAUCUUCCAUGGAGGGAUGUCUCUGGACCAGCUGUACUUUGCCCGACCAGCACCAUCCUACUCGGGCUACCACUCCCCAAUUCCUGGCUUGUACCUGUGUGGAAGCGGAGCCCAUCCUGGAGGAGGAGUGAUGGGAGCAGCGGGACGCAAUGCUGCCCAGGUGGCCCUCAAGGACUUCGGGCGCCUGUGAUGGCAUCUGCUGAUAGGG